AUGCUGGAUGAAAAGAGAAGCAUCAGCUCGCAAGAGAGCGAAGAAUAUAUUCCAGGUACCGUGAGCAUCUACUCGUUUGCGGCGGAAAAGGGUAAUCUGACCUUGAAGACUACCAAAGACAAUGUCAUCUUGGUCCCCCAGCCAUCGGAUUCUGUCAACGACCCAUUAAAUUGGCCGCAGUGGAAAAAACUCUGGAAUUUCUUCGUCUUGGCUGUUAUCACCGGUUUUACUGCCGCUACUUCCAAUGACGCUGCUGCUUUACAAGACACUUUGAACAAGAAGUAUGAUAUCUCGUAUGCGGUGAUGAAUACUGGAGCCGGCGCAUUGUUCGUGGCUAUUGGUUGGACAACGUUUUUGCUUACUCCCGUGGCCAGCUUGUACGGCCGUAAAAUCUCCUAUUUCAUUUGCAUCUUGCUUGGUCUUGGAGGUGCUAUCUGGUUUGCUCUCACCAAAAACUCUCUAGAUGCAAUUCUCUCUCAGAUUUUCGUAGGUGCUUCGGAAGCUUGCGCAGAAGCCCAUGUUCAACAGUCUCUUAUGGAUAUGUACUUCUCUCAUCAGCUUGGUUCCGUCUUGACUGUCUACAUCUCUGCAACAUCCGUGGGUACUUAUUUGGGACCAUUAAUUGCCGGAUUUAUUGUCACAAGUCCUGGGUUUCGCUGGGUGGGCUGGAUUGCAGCCAUCAUUUCCGGUGUGCUUUUGGUGGUGAUCGUGUUUGGUAUGCACGAAACCAUCUUUCACCGUACCAAGUACCAAGGAUUUGUCAAUGAACUUCAGGUGGGACAGAACAAAAUGGAACAGGCACUCGAGGACUCUAAUAAACUCAUCAGCGAGAGUAUCGCUGCUAAAAAAACCACAGACGGUGACAGUGCACACAGAUCGUUGGACUCUCGUAUGUCCUCUCACAAUGACAUGGAAGCUGUUCACACUUGUCAUUUCGGCGCUAACGAACCGCAGGACGGCUACUGGAAGCAGGUUCAGCUCAUCACUAAAGCCCCCAACUUGGUUGGCAUAGGGUUCAAGCAGUACAUUAAGCGUUUAAUCGUUUUGUUUCGGGUGUUCACAUUCCCUCCUCUCAUUUUCUCUGGCUUGGUCUGGGGAAUGCAAGACGCACUCUUGACGUUCUACCUCACUGUUGAAGAUAAUCAAUAUUUUAAUCCACCCUUCAAUUAUGGAAACACCGGUGUUGCCUUAAUGAACAUACCAUGUCUCAUAGGAGCGCUCAUUGGCUGUAUCUAUGCGGGAACAGUUAGUGACUGGUUCACGAUAUGGAUGGCCAAAAGAAAUGGUGGUAUCCAGGAAGCCGAGUUCCGUCUCUACUUCUUGAUUAUCCCUGCGGUUCUCUGUCCAGUGGGUCUCAUUCUCUUUGCAGUGGGUACAGACCAAGUCUGGCACUGGGGUCCUACUUAUUUUGGCCUUGGAUUGGUUGGUGUUGGUUUCGGUGCUUCCGGAGAUGUUGCUAUGGGUUAUCUCAUGGAUGCAUACCCAGACAUGGUUGUGGAAAUGAUGGCCGGUGUCUCUGUAAUCAACAAUAUGUUUGGAUGCAUCUUCACAUUCACAUGUUCGCAGUGGCUUGACGCCAUGAGCAACACCAAGACAUUUGCUAUUUUGGCAGCCAUUACUCUUGUGAUUAUGGGUUCUGCUAUCCCAUUCAUCAUCUACGGAAAGAGAAUCAGAAGGUGGACAAAACCUAAAUAUUUAGAGUACUGCCGCCUACGGGACCAUCUCGACAAGUAG